UCACGUGAUAAGAACAUCUUCGCGCCCACUUCCGUAGCUGCAGCCUCCCUGAAUGCCACGCGUUUGUUUUUAACCAGCUAUUUAUUGUUGUUUUAAAGCGUUUGGCUUGUCGGACCGGUCCGGCAGGUUUGUGCAAGGCAGAGCAGGUGAGGCAGCGGGAGAAGUAGGGCGUGGAGCAGCCGCCGGAGCUCUCAACAAGCAGGAAGAAGAGGACAACAUGGUGCGGUGUCAAAACGCCUCGCACACCGACUGAAAACAGGAUUCAACUUUUUAUACAAAUCUUCGAAGGACACGGAAGAUACCUGAGGCGCUAAAAUGAGUCGGCGGCGUGUUGACUCCCAGGGUUCCCUGGGGCCGGACGAUGAGGUCAUGCCGUACAGUGACGAUGAGACGGAUGACGAAUUGGAUGUAAGCUCUGAAGAGGAACCAGAAGAGACACCGGAGCCAGGAGCCCCGCCACUGCCGGUGGAAGCUAAACCCAGCGAGAUGGGAUGGAAGGUGAAAGCCAACGAUCGACCUUAUCACCACUUGCCGGAGUUUCAGAAAAAAGUCUUCUUAUGCUUCAAGAAAAGCAGAUACUCUGGAAACGCCAUCAGGACGUACAAGUACAACGUCAUCACCUUCCUCCCUCUGAACCUGUAUGAGCAGUUUAAGAGAGUUGCCAACCUCUAUUUCCUGGCACUGCUCAUCUUACAGAUUAUUCCAGACAUUACUACUCUGCCCUGGUACACCACACUGAUUCCUCUGGUCGUGGUCCUGGGAAUCACUGCCAUCAAAGACCUGGUGGACGAUCUGGCGCGUCACAGGAUGGACAAGGAAAUUAACAACAGGAAGUGUGAUGUCCUGCUGGAGGGCGGGUUUCAAGAGACUAAGUGGAGGAACAUCCAGGUUGGAGAUGUGGUUCGUAUGAAGAAGAACGACUUUAUUCCGGCUGACAUCUUGCUGUUAUCCAGCUCUAACCCAAACAGCCUGACCUACGUAGAAACAGCUGAGCUCGACGGAGAGACCAACCUGAAGUUUAAGCUGGGACUUCGAGUGACUGAUGAGAAACUACAGAAUGAGCGUGAGCUCGUUGGCUUUAAUGCUCUGAUAGAAUGCGAGGAGCCGAACAACCGCCUAGACAAGUUUGUGGGGACGAUGAUGUGGGAGACUGAGCGUUUCCCUCUGACCCUGGACAACAUGCUGCUCCGAGGAUGCACGAUCAGAAACACCGAGGAGUGUCACGGCCUGGUCAUCUUCGCAGGAGCCGACACCAAAAUCAUGAGGAACAGCGGGAAGACGAGAUUCAAGAGGACCAAAAUUGACGAACUGAUGAACUACAUGGUUUACACGAUCUUUGCGCUGCUCAUCCUGGUGGCGGCAGGACUGGCCAUCGGUCACACCUUCUGGUACGAGGAGAUCGGCUCUAAGGCCUGGUAUCUGUACGACGGCAAAAACCAGGACGCCUCCCACAGAGGCUUCCUCACCUUCUGGGGAUACAUCAUUGUCCUCAACACCAUGGUGCCCAUUUCGCUAUAUGUCAGUGUGGAGGUGAUUCGCCUGGGACAGAGUAAGUUCAUCAACUGGGACCUGCAGAUGUAUUUCUCAGAGAAAGACACACCAGCUAAGGCUCGAACCACCACCCUGAACGAGCAGCUUGGUCAGAUCGGGUACAUCUUCUCCGACAAGACGGGAACUCUUACACAGAACGUCAUGGAGUUCAAGAAGUGCACCAUCGCUGGACGCAGCUACGGUGAACCGACCACUGCUGAGGGAGUGGUGCUGGACCGGGGAAGGCCGGUGGACUGGAGCUGGAACCAGCAGGCUGACAGAAAGUUCCAGUUCAUGGAUCAUUCGCUCGUUGCCUGCGUCCGAUCUGGGAAGGAUAAAGAUGCUAACGAGUUCUUCAAACUUCUCUCCCUCUGCCACACCGUCAUGGUGGAGCACAAAGAUGGUGAACUGGUGUACCAGGCAGCGUCUCCUGAUGAGGGCGCCCUAGUGACGGCAGCCAGGAACUUCGGCUAUGUGUUUCUGUCCCGUACGCAGGACACCAUCACCAUCAGAGAGAUGGAGCGGGAGACGACCUACGAAAUGUUGGCGCUGCUCGACUUCAACUCUGACCGCAAGCGCAUGUCUAUCAUCUUGAAGUUUCCUGACGGUCGUAUUCGUCUCUACUGUAAAGGAGCUGACACUGUCAUAUACGAGCGACUUUCCCCCAACUCCAGACACAAAGAAACCACCCAGACUGAUCUGGAUAUCUUUGCCAACGCCACCUUGCGAACGCUAUGCUUAAGUUACAAAGACAUCAGCACAGAGGACUAUGAAGCCUGGUCCAGGAGGCACAAAGAAGCCCAGGUGUCCAUGUCAGACAGAGACGCUGCCCUCGACCACGUGUACGAGCAGAUCGAGAGUAACCUGAUGCUGAUUGGGGCGACAGCCAUCGAGGAUAAACUGCAGGAUGGAGUGCCAGAGACCAUCGCCAAAUUGGCAAAGGCCGACAUCAAGAUCUGGGUCCUGACUGGAGAUAAGAAAGAAACGGCAGAGAAUAUUGGCUAUUCCUGUUCACUUUUGACAGAAGACAUGCAGAUCCACUACGGAGAAGAUAUCAAUGAGAAGCUGAGGAUUCGUCAGUCCACCAGGAGAAACGAGCCUUCAACCUUACGUCGGCGCAAAAAGAAACCUGUGGAGCCGUUCUUCACUGGAAUGGGCAAAAACGCUCUCGUCAUCACCGGAGGAUGGCUGAACGAAAUUCUGUAUGAAAAGAAGAAGAAACGCCGUCGUCUGCGUCUGCGUCGUCUGGGAAAGCGACAUGCUCCCACCAGCCCUCAGGACGGACAGCCUCAGGACGACUGGGAGAAGGAGAUGAGACAGAUUGACUUUGUGGACAUGGCCUGUGAGUGCGAGGCGGUCAUCUGCUGUCGCGUCACACCUAAGCAGAAGGGUAACGUGGUGAGUUUGGUGAAGAAAUACAAGAAAGCCGUGACGCUAUCCAUUGGAGACGGAGCCAAUGAUGUCAACAUGAUCAAGACUGCAGACAUCGGUGUUGGGAUCAGCGGUCAGGAGGGGAUGCAGGCCGUCAUGUCCAGUGACUACGCCUUUGCUCAGUUCCGUUACUUGGAGCGCCUACUGCUGGUGCACGGACGCUGGUCCUACAUCCGAAUGUGCAAGUUUCUGCGUUUCUUCUUCUUCAAGAACUUCGCCUUCACACUGGUUCACUUCUGGUACUCCUUCUUCAGUGGAUACUCCGCACAGGUCACCUAUGAAGACUGGUUCAUCACUCUCUACAAUCUCUGUUACAGCAGCUUACCUGUUCUACUAGUUGGACUUCUUGACCAGGAUGUCAACGACAAAAUGAGCCUGAAAUUCCCCAAACUCUACCUGCCUGGCCAGCAGGGGACAUUUUUCAACUACAAGAACUUCUUCAUCAGCUUGUUCCACGGCAUCUUUGUCUCGCUCGUUAUCUUCUUCAUCCCGUACGGAGCCUUCCUUCAGACCAUGGGGCAGGAUGGAGAAGCCCCCUCCGACUACCAGUCCUUGGCCGUCGUCACCGCCUCGUCGCUCAUUUUUACCGUCAACCUGCAGAUCUCCCUGGAUACCUCCUACUGGACUUUCGUUAACUGCUUUGCAGUUUUGGGGAGCAUAGCCAUCUACUUUGGCAUCAUGUUUGACAUCCACAGUGCCGGGAUCCACGUCAUCUUCCCCUCAACGUUCACCUUCACCGGUGCGGCGUCGAAUGCUCUGCGUCAGCCCUACCUGUGGUUAACCAUCAUCCUGACUGUGGGCAUCAGCCUGCUGCCUGUCAUCUGCAUCCAGUUCCUCCAUAAAAGCAUCUGGCCCUCUAUAGGAGAUAAGAUCCAGAGAAACCGGAGGAAGUACGAGAUAGAGAUGGAGGAGGAGGAGAAGAAAAAGCCGCCAGCCUUCCAGCGUGGCCGGGGUUCCCGCCGCUCAGCCUACGCCUUCUCUCACUCCCGUGGCUACGCCGACCUCAUCUCAUCUGGGCGGAGCAUCCGGCACCGCCCAACAGCCCGUCGUGGACUCCAGGACAGCAUCAGGGACGUUCCCCAGACAGUGGCUGAAAACAUCUGAUGGAUCUGAGCGGGACAUGGAGCAAAACUGUAGCCAAAUGGGUUGUACAUUUUUAAGAAAGUUUGAGGACCGCUUGGUUUAUCUUCAUUUUUAUCUGUGGAGUCUCUGCUGAAAUGGUCACCAUCAGGAAAUCUGCACGGAAACAACGGCCUGGUGGGAGUUUAAAGGGACCGCUUCCUUUGUGUUAUUCUAGUCUCUAAGAGGGAGAUAACAAAGCCCUCACUUUAUAGAAAUUACAUUUAAAUUGGGGCUUUUGGAUAAAGUUAAAUUAAGCCCUACUGAAUGUGUCUUUGCAGACUGUCUUUUCUUUAAAAUGCAAAUGAAUGUCCCUGAAGAGACUGCCGCCGUUAUCGGGGUUUGAGGUCGUGCAGCGAAGGUGUGACUGACAAUGUUGUUUAACUCAGGAUUUUUAAAAUAAAAGCCUUAUUUUUAGUCAGUUUGUCUGCUCACCGCUACUGCUACUGUAUGUGGGGACGUACCUUUAUUCAAUGAUACUUUUUUUUUGACAUUCAGAGUUUUAGCCUGGUGUCUGUUUGACAUGUACGUGUUUUAGUAACAUUUGAAAAAUAUAUAUUCCAGUCAAUUUGUCCGUCGGCUUCAUGAAAUCACCACAUCUGUAAGUUUAGUUUUAUUUCCGUCAGUUCAGAUGCAAAUCCAAAGCUCUCCCUUAACGUUAAAACAAUGGGCUACAUCUAAACGUGUCAUGCUAUCCGUUUUUAAUGUUUUAUUAUAAAUAAUGAUGAUGAUAAUAAUUAAUAUGCCAGGCUAUGCAGGGUGGUUGGAUGUUAUAAAGUUUGUCUUAAUUUAAAAAUAAGUUGUAAAUAGAGAUCUUUUCUCCUGCUGUAUCAAAUGUCCCUUACAUACGAAUGUUGUACUUGCUUAUCGAAGGGACUUUUAAACACCUUUCAAACCUCAAUCCUAAAACAUUUUUCCAUACCUCAUCUUUUGUUCUGUUCUAUUGACCAAAGGUGCUGUAAACCUUUUGUAGGGAACCUGCAAGGAUCUCCGGUUUGUCUUCCUUUGAACAGGAGAGAAACAGCAACAAGGUUUAGGUUCAUCGACGAGGAUUUCUGUGAGUCACUGGUUGUUUACAACAAACCCAAAGAUGUUUUGUCUUUUCAGUCAUUUAGUCACAUUUAGGAUAUCUGCUCAACAAAGCGAAGCCAAAGCUACAUUCCUGUUCUGACUGUUACUGUAUCCCCUUUAUGCUAGUGUUACUGUACGCAGAUGUCUGUAUGUCUUUUACUGAAUGAAUGGAGGCAGUAUAUUGUACCAGCAACAGCUUGGUCUCUGUCAUAUGAUGGUAUUUUAUCACAUGGUUGUUAAUAAAAGCCAAGGGCACAUUUAGCAAUCUGAAACAAGUGUUUAUUUUAUUGUGGUGACUUGU